AUGCGAUGUCCACAAUGCAGUAAUGGUGGCUGGUCCGAAUGGGUGGAUGGGGACUGCAGUGUGACCUGUGGCGUUGGCGAGCAGACCCAAAGCCGUACCUGCAACAAUCCGGAACCCGCCAACGGGGGAGCAGAAUGUACGCUGGAGGACGGAACGAUAGGACGGACCGAGGAAAGGAUCGUACCUUGUGACCAAGGACCGUGUCCGAUAGAUGGGGGCUGGUCCGAAUGGGUGGAUGGGGACUGCAGUGUGACCUGUGGCGUUGGCGAGCAGACCCAAAGCCGUACCUGCAACAAUCCGGAACCCGCCAACGGGGGAGCAGAAUGUACGCUGGAGGACGGAACGGCAGGACGGACCGAGGAAAGGAUCGUACCUUGGCCUUGUGACCAAGGACCCUGCCCAAUAGAUGGGGGCUGGUCCGAAUGGGUGGAUGGGGACUGCAGUGUGACCUGUGGCGUUGGCGAGCAGACCCAAAGCCGGACCUGCAACAAUCCGGAACCCACCAACGGGGGAGCAGAAUGUACGCUGGAGGACGGAACGACAGGACGGACCGAGGAAAGGAUCGUACCUUGGCCUUGUGACCAAGGAACCUGUCCGAUAGAUGGUGGCUGGUCCGAAUGGGUGGAUGGGGACUGCAGUGUGACCUGUGGCGUUGGCGAGCAGACCCAAAGCCGUACCUGCAACAAUCCGGAACCCGCCAACGGGGGAGCAGAAUGUACGCUGGAGGACGGAACGACAGGACGGACUGAGGAAAGAAUCGUGCCUUGUGACCAAGGACCCUGUCCGAUAGAUGGGGACUGGUCUGAAUGGGUGGAUGGGGGCUGCAGUGUGACCUGUGGCGUUGGCGAGCAGACCCAAAGCCGUACCUGCAACAAUCCGGAACCCGCCAACGGGGGAGCAGAAUGUACGCUGGAGGACGGAACGACAGGACGGACCGAGGAAAGGAUCGUACCUUGUGACCAAGGACCCUGUUCGAUAGAUGGAGGCUGGUCCAAAUGGGUGGAUGGGGACUGCAGUGUGACCUGUGGCGUUGGCGAGCAGACCCAAAGCCGUACCUGCAACAAUCCGGAACCCGCCAACGGGGGAGCAGAAUGUACGCUGGAGGACGGAACGGCAGGACGGACCGAGGAAAGGAUCGUACCUUGGCCUUGUGACCAAGGACCGUGUCCGAUAGAUGGGGGCUGGUCCGAAUGGGUGGAUGGGGACUGCAGUGUGACCUGUGGCGUUGGCGAGCAGACCCAAAGCCGUACCUGCAACAAUCCGGAACCCGCCAACGGGGGAGCAGAAUGUGUGCUGGAGGACGGAACGACAGGACGGACCGAAGAAAGGACCGUACCUUGUGACCAAGGACCCUGUCCAAUAGAUGGUGGCUGGUCCGACUGGGUGGAUGGGGACUGCAGUGUGACCUGUGGCGUUGGCGAGCAGACCCAAAGCCGGACCUGCAACAAUCCGGAACCCGCCAACGGGGGAGCAGAAUGUACGCUGGAGAACGGAACGGCAGGACGGACCGAGGAAAGGAUCGUACCUUGGCCUUGUGACCAAGGACCGUGUCCGAUAGAUGGAGGCUGGUCCGAAUGGGUGGAUGGGGGCUGCAGUGUGACCUGUGGCGUUGGCGAGCAGACCCAAAGCCGUACCUGCAACAAUCCGGAACCCGCCAACGGGGGAGCAGAAUGUACGCUGGAGGACGGAACGACAGGACGGACCGAGGAAAGGAUCGUACCUUGUGACCAAGGACCCUGUUCGAUAGCUUCGUGA